GCAGGUGGAGGAUGAAGUCACAUGACGUGCGCACUCGGCCCUGUUGUUUGAGUUUUGUUAUGACAAGUCGAGGCCUCGGACUAAAUUUGUAGCGUCGCCCCCCCUCACGCUCCCGUGUCUGUCCGGGCUCGAAUCCGCGAUGGAGGGCAUGGAACUGGACCUGGACCUGGACCAGGAGCUCAUGCAGAAGUUCAGCUGCAUGGGAACCACGGACAAAGACAUCCUGAUAUCGGAAUUCCAGAGGCUGCUCGGGUUCCAGCUCAACCCGGCCGGAUGCGCCUUCUUCCUGGACAUGACCAACUGGAAUUUACAGGCAGCCAUCGGAGCCUACUACGACUUUGAGAGUCCCAACAUCAGCGCGCCGUGCAUGUCCUUGGUGAAGGAUGUGACGAUCGGUGAGGGAGAAUCGGUUCCACCUGACACGGCUUUCACAAAGACCUGGAGGGUACAAAACACCGGUGCAGAGUCGUGGCCUCCUGGGGUUUGCCUGAAGUUUGUGGGAGGAGAUCAGUUCGGUCACGUGAACAUGGUGAUGGUGAGGUCUCUGGACCCCCAGGAAAUGACGGACGUUAGUGUACAGAUGCAGAGCCCCGUGUCUCCUGGCAUGUUUCAGGGUCAGUGGAGAAUGUGCUCGGCUACAGGACUAUACUUCGGAGAUGUGAUCUGGGUGAUCCUGAGCGUGGAGGUGGGAGGCCUCCUCGGCGUCACACAGCAGCUCUCCUCCUUCCAAGCCGAGUUCAACACCCAGCCUCACCGCAGCCUGGAAGGAGACUACAACCCCUUCGCCUCGCCAGAGAAAAGCAAGUGCCCCAACAGCAACAACAACAGCCUCCAUGAUGACAGCGGUCACCGGGUCGCGGAGGAACAUUGGCAGGGAAACCCAAACCAGCUACAGCAAGAUCAGAACGGACUUUCACAAAACUCUGUGGAUCUAGUAGCAAACAGUCUACAAAGCAAUCUAUCAGUAGUCUCUUAUAACCAGGGUAUACAGGAGUCCUUCCCUUUUGGGCACUCCUAAACCACGGGACUUGUAACGGUGCAGCGGUACUAAACCGUACCUCCGGAGUUUGUCACACCCAUGAGAGAAAGAAGAGGCUUUAUCCGAAGCUGCUGGAGAUUCAGAAACACUUUAUGCAAAGUCCAGCUCCACUUUGAGGAACCAGAGGCUGACGCUCCCGACAUGCAGCUCAACUAACAUCCCACACCCACUGUAUGCACGUGUGAAUGCUAAGUUAAAAAUGAGUGCUGAGUCUUUUUGAGUGAUUUGUUUUUUCUUUCCUUUUUUUUUUAGUUGUCAGAGUGCAAAUGAAAUGACGAUGACAGGAUAUAUUUGUGAAGUUUAGUGUAUAAGUAGUGUGUGCGUGUGUGCAUUGUGCAACCUGAAAGAAAUACUUUGGAGGAAAAGCCAUUUAUUUUUUGCCAACUGAUUCUCCAGUUUCUGCUCUGACUCUUUAAAAUGUUUAUUUCUGAAUCAGUUCCCUUUAACUAAAUCUAAUAAUAUAAGUUUCUCUUAAACUAACCAUUGGAUAUCAUCAUUUACUUUUCAUCUUAUUCAUUUAGUAUAAACAUUUUUUUUUUUUUUUUUGGAGAAGGGUAACGGCAACAUCCUCCAGAAAUAUAUCUAAGGCUCAUUUAAAAGCCAGUCGGUUUUUAUCAGUGUUUUUCAACAUGACUUGUUCAUUUAUGGGAAUUAAAUUCUAUGCUGUUAUUGUACCUGCAAUGAAACUUCCCUCCAGUUGAGGGAGUCGGCAAUUACUCUAACACGAAGGCACCGACAUCUGAGAAACAGACUAUAUUUUAUAUUUAUAUCAUGGCUCCUAUGAUUUGGUGAAGCUUAACCUCAAUUAUUUUACAGAAACAUAUUUUCUUUAAGCUAGAAUUAAGAGCAACAGUAGAGGAAAACCAGACCGAACUGCAAAGUCAUCUGAUUUGGUAUGAAAGGUUUCAAAAACAUUAACUAGACUCAUUACUGACACUUGAAAGAUACAUAUCUAUAUAACAUUAGAGGAAUAGUAUUCAUUAUCGCAGUAUUAGAGAUCCCCCCCCCAGUCAUUGUCUUGAUGAAAGAUAUAGUUUAAAUUUUACAUGCUCGAAUUCAAUAAAAACACAAAAAUAAGAAGAUUAAUGUACCUGAUGCUAUAAGCUAUGAAUAUAAAUGGUGUUAUAUACACACAGUAACAUCACAUUAUUAUUAAUGUUUUGUUUUUUGUUGCCCCGUUUUUUAAUUUUCAUUUGAAAUCUGUCCUGGACUUUUAUCACGUUAAGUUGAAUGUAUCCGAUGAAUGUAGUCGUUUUUUUGGAGACAUUCAUUUUUCCCAAAGAUUUUACAUUGUAAAUUUUUAAUGAACUGGCAGUUUUAUGAGUGUAAUUAUUAUUCUGCAUUUCCCCCGUCUCUUGUUACAAUUAUUCUUGGGAUUCUUUGAAGACGCAUUGGAAAAAAUUUGCCCUGUUAUCUUUUCUUUUUUCUUUUUUUUUUCUUAUGACAAACGUAACAUCAGUCAAAUUAAAAACUUACAAUAUCAUAUUUUGGUUUUGGAAUUGUUACGGCUUUACUUACUUGCACUAUCCAGCUGAUCUAUGCACUGAGUAAGGUGACCUCCAUGGGACGGUCUGUGCGUGUUGUCCCCCCCCCCCCCCACGAGGACAGUUAGGUCCUGAAGGGUUUUUCAACUCUGUGAUUUGUAUCUGUCGUCCAGAGCCCCAGUGUUAGACAAGCCUUCUAUGAAGGAGCUAACUGUCGGGCCCCAGGGUUCCCCGGCUCUCUCCGUGUGGCGGUAACAGCCCCAGCCUGCACGUGUCAGGAGCCUCUUGGCUCUUUGUCGUUUCACAGAAUGUUCAUGUUCCCUGUCCAAUUGAGAGACGACUCUUCUCUCCGCUGUUCGGUGUCACUUCAUCGAGUGCUGAGCGCAUUUUGUUCCGAGUGUGAUGUGUCAUGUCUGAAGUUUCUACUGGCCAGCUUGCAGAAUGGAUCAGUUGGCAUUAGACUAUUAAAACAGCACAUUUGUGAGCGUGAGGAAGAUGAACAGAUACAAACAGAUGAACAAAUGAAAGCUUGUUUCCUGUAUGGAUGUCUGGUGACUGUUUGUAUGAUUAAAUUAUCACUGAAAAACUGAAA